AUGGUGGAGAAAAUUACACCUGACCAAAUUGAUGAAAUCAUUUCCGCCGAAAUUCCUGAUGUUGAAAUAGAUCCAGAGUUGCACGAAGUGGCCAAUAUGGUUCAUGGGCCAUGCGGAGAACAUGAUCCAUCUUCGGUUUUUAUGUCGGACAGUAAAUGCAAAAAACGCUAUCCCCGUGCUUUUAUUUCGGAAACUCAAACUGGAAACGACGGAUACCCUCUCUAUCGGCGUCGCUCACCCGCUGACAAUGGCAGAACCUUCAUCACUCAAUUGAAAGGAAAGAAUUUUAUGGUUGAUAACACCUGGAUCGUUCCAUAUUCGCCAAUUCUGUCUAAGGCAUUCAAAACACGUAUAAAUGUUGAAUAUUGCAGUUCAAUAAAAUCAAUUAAGUAUGUUUGCAAAUAUGUCACCAAAGGAAGCGAUAUGGUGGUUAUUGGCGUUGAACGAGAUGAAAUUAGCAAAUUUCAAAUGGGCAGAUAUGUGAACUGCAAUGAAGCAAUCUGGAGAAUAUUUUCUUUUGCAAUUCAUGAACGCCAUCCUACUGAUGUGCAGCUGGCAGCUCAUUUGGAGAAUGGACAGCGAGUUUAUUUCAACGCAGAGAACAUAGUACAGCGAACGGAAAUACCACCAACAACCACUUUAACAAGUUUCUUUGCAACUUGCGCCAGUGAUCCGUUCGCGAGAAUAUUGCUUUACUCGGAGAUGCCUCGGUAUUAUACAUGGAAUGCAUCGUCGAAGAAAUUGUUGCGCAGGAAGAACGGCCAUCCAGUAGAUGGUUAUCCAGGUGUUUUUUCAACUGAUGCAUUGGGAAGAAUUUACACAAUCCAUCCAAAAAACGAUGAUUGCUUUUACCCACGUUUGCUUUUGAUUAAUGUACGCGGUUCAACUUCAUUUGAAUCAUUGAGGACUGUAGAUGGUACCAUUUGUGCACCAUUUCGAGAAGCAUGUCAACAAUUGCAAUUGCUUGAACACGACAGUCACUGGAAUCAAACGCUASUGGAUGCAAUAGCUUCUUCACCAGCCACUGCAGUUCGUACACUUUUCGCUAUUAUAAUUUCGACAUGUCAGCCUUCAAACCCGCGUCUAUUAUGGUAUGCGUACAAAGAUGACAUGGCAGAAGAUAUUUUGCAUCGAAUGCGAUUAGCGACAAGAAAUGUCGACUUACAAAUGAACGCUGACAUCUACAAUGAAGCAUUAGUCCUUAUUGAAGAUUUACGUUUACUUAUGAGUGGAAAACUAUUGACUGAAGUUUAUAUGCCGGCACCAAGUCGUCAAACAAGGGAUUUAGUGAGUCGCGAAUUGGAACGCGAGCGUGCUUACGAUAUAACUCACUUGCAACAACAAGUACAAACAAAUGUUCCACUGUUGAAUGAACAGCAAAGCAGUGCGUACAAUCAGCUAAUAAAUGCUGUAGGUAGUGGAAACGGUGGCAUAUUUUUCCUCGAUGCGCCCGGCGUGUCUGGCAAAACGUUCCCAUUGUCUUUAAUACUAGCAGCAAUACGUGGUCAAGGUGGUAUUGCAUUAGCUCUUGCAUCUACCGGGAUUGCUGCAACACUGUUAGAAGGUGGAAGAACGGCAUAUUCAGCAUUAAAGCUUCCAUUAAACUUGCAAAUACACGAAAGUCCUGUUUGCAAUAUUUCAAAGCAAUCAGCAAUGGCACAAGUUUUAAAAAAAU